CCGGCGCCGAGGUGGGCAGGUGGGGCGGGGUGGCGGUUAGGUGAGGCGUGCCAUGAGGCCUCAGGCGCCUCUGCUGCCAACCGUGAGCGAGCUGUCAGCGCGUGCGCUCCGACUAUAGCUGUGUCAGUGUGUUAUGAUGCCGUCUCGUACCAACCUGGCUACUGGAAUCCCCAGUAGUAAAGUGAAAUACUCAAGGCUCUCCAGCACAGACGAUGGCUACAUUGACCUUCAGUUUAAGAAGAGCCCUCCUAAGAUCCCAUAUAAGGCCAUUGCGCUUGCUACAGUGCUGUUUUUCAUUGGCGCCUUUCUCAUAAUCAUAGACUCCCUUCUGCCGGCUGGCUAUAUCAGCAAAGGGGAGGCAGACCGGGCUGUUCCCGUCCUGAUCAUUGGCAUCCUGGUGUUCCUGCCAGGAUUUUACCACCUUCGCAUCGCCUACUAUGCAUCCAAAGGCUACCGGGGUUACUCCUACGAUGACAUUCCAGAUUUUGAUGACUAGCACCAACCCUCAACCCUGAG